UUUCUUCAUGGAUUGGGAGAUACUGGGCAUGGGUGGUCAGAAGCACUUGCAGGUAUCAAAAGCCCCCACGUAAAAUACAUUUGCCCGCAUGCGCCAGUUAUGCCAGUUUCUUUGAACAUGAACAUGGCUAUGCCGUCAUGGUUUGAUAUCAUUGGACUUUCUCCAGAUUCACAGGAAGAUGAAGUUGGGAUCAAGCAGGCAGCAGAGAAUGUUAAAGCACUGAUAGAUCAAGAAGUAAAAAAUGGAAUUCCUUCUAAUCGAAUUAUUCUGGGAGGCUUUUCUCAGGGAGGUGCUUUAUCAUUGUAUACAGCUCUUACAACGCAACAGAAAUUAGCAGGUGUUGUAGCCCUCAGCUGUUGGCUUCCUCUACGGACUUCUUUUCCUCAGGGCCCUAUCAGUGGUGCCAACAAGGAGAUUGCUGUUCUUCAGUGCCAUGGGGACUGUGACCCACUGGUUCCCUUAAUGUUCGGUUCCCUUACUGUUGAGAGGCUAAAGAGUAUGAUAAAUCCAGCCAACAUAACCUUCAGGACGUACUCUGGCAUGAUGCAUAGCUCAUGUAUUGAGGAGAUGAUGGAUGUAAAACAGUUCAUAGACAAACAUCUACCUCCCGUGGACUGAAACGAUAUGUGAGAAGCCUUCUCUAUAAAUACACCAGCAUCAACUAUGGUAGAGUGUAAAUCUUUUCAUAUGCCAGAUAGGAAGCAUUACUUCUAUACCUGCAGUGUUACUACUGUGUUGCAAAUUUAUACUUAGGGUAAGGAUUAAAUAAUACCCAUAUACAAGAAAUUAUACUCUUUUUGGUAUUAAUCAUCCACUGGUGCGACUGUAUGAAUGAGGCAGCUAGGUAACAAUGACAGAAUGUAACCUAAACAUACUGGUUUAAGGCAUCUGAUUUUUUUUUUUUGAUUGCAGAAUUUUAAACUAUUUGUACAAGUAAUUAAAAACUCAAUUUAAGUGGGCAGCAUAAAUGUGUCCAGUUUAGUUAUACUUGAGACAUGA